CCUCCACCCUUUGAUGCCUUUGCUGCGCUGCCGAUGGCCUUGUAACAUAAAUACCUUGGUCUAAAGAUAGCUGAGCUCGUGACCGGGGCCCUUCAAAGGCAUCCGCUGGGCUCAGCUGCCCACCCAAACUCAGGCAGGGCUCCAGCAUCACCAGCCAGGGCUGGGCACAGCAGAGGUGCCCAGAUUAUCCCAUGGAGUGUGCCCAGCCACUCCUGGGAAACUGGGUUUUGCUCUCCCCACUUUUGGGCAUCCUCAUUGCAAUGCCCUAAAGAGACGGUUCCCUAUCCCAGGGAGGGCAACAUAUCUGCACAGCUGGGAAGAGCACAUUAUCACAGUAUCCUAUUUUACUUUCCCUUAAAAAGUGGAGUUUACGGCCACAGGGAGGUAAACAACAUCAGCAAACCUUGCUGCCAUCCAGCCUGGCUGUGGGAAAGGGCCUUGCCUGCCACAGGCAGGGAGAGACCUUCCUUUGUGACCCUCCCCAGGCAGGAGGCAUCAGCAACCCAGGCAACAUCCAGCCCAGGCACAAGGAGCCAUAAGCCAGGCUGUGCUUCACGUGGGGAUCUCAUGGUGAGGAAAAUGAAGUGCAGUGACCCUUUUUCAGCAAAAAACUCCCUUCUGGCCUCAGGGCUCACCUACUCCCUGUGAUGCUUGGCUGUGGGCAGAGAUAAACCUCUGUGACUGACAUAGAGGUUGGCAGUGAAGAAAAGUGUUAUUUGUGGCACAUUGCUGAUUUGUGUGCUAUUCACAGCUUUUCAUGGCUAGAAAUCCCAUUUCACCUCUGCCAUGGGGUGCCGAGGAGAGGGCCAACAACAGGGCUCACCUGAGGGGCUGCUUCCCAGGUCUCCCCAUCACCAGCUGCACAUGGUCUUUAGUUUUGGUGAAUAAUUUAACCUGAGAAGCCCAACACUGUUGAAGGUCUAUUUUUUCCUUCCUCCUUAGCCCCUCGUCCAAGCCCCCAGGAACUCUCAGGGCAGCACAGGAUGGCAAAGUCACUGCCCCAGGGUCAUGGCACCAGCAGGUUCCCCAAAAAUCUCAGUUUAGGGGAGAAGGGAAGAGCUUUGCACUUGUGCUGCUGUCAUUGAUCCUCAUGGAUACCCAGCUUAAAAUACCACAUUUAGCUCUGAUUGCUUUUAAGUCUCUUUGACCUGUGUCCAAAGGGGGUCUGGGAGCUGGGGGUCCCCAGAGGGGCUCUGCUUCCCACAGGGGAGUGAUCCCCAUAAUCCCCAUCUUCCCCAUCCCUGGAUCUUGCAGGGACUUCUACACUCCCAGACUAUUUUGAGAGUGUUUAAAAAUAUCCUGCCUGCAUUAAUGGGCAAUAUUCCCAAUGGCACAGCAGCCCUGCGUGGACACGGAGCAGCCCUCGCCCCCCAGCCUCGGAUAUGGCCCCCCCAGAAGCCCCUCAGGGCCGGCCCAGGGGCUGUAUCCUGCGGUCCCGGGCACUGAGCCCCAUCCCAAAUGGCUCUGAUCGCCAUGACAACGCUGACUUCAGCCUCUGCCACCUACUCAGGCUCAGAGACACUGGGUGCUGGCUGAUGGAUUGGUGCGGGCACUGGACCGAGGAUGUCCUCGAUGUUCGGCAAACCCCGAGUCAGCGCCGAGCGGCCGCCCCAGACCCCCCUCCCCGAGUGCAAUGUGGCCAUCCUGGGGUGCCGAGGGGCCGGCAAGUCAGCCCUGACUGUCAAGUUUCUAACCAAGAGGUUCAUCAGCGAAUAUGAUCCCAACUUGGAGGACACCUACACCUCGGAGGAGCUGGUGGACCAGCAGCCUGUGCUGCUGAAGGUGAUGGACACGGCUGACCAGGAUGGUCCCGGGAACUGCGAGCGAUACCUGUGCUGGGCCAGCGCCUUCCUGGUCGUCUACAGCAUCGAGGACAGGAGGAGUUUUGAGGGCUGCCAGCGCUACCUCGAGGUGCUCGCCCUGCACGCGCAGGGCUGCCAGCGCCACUGCCCCGUGCUCCUGCUGGGAAACAAGCUGGACAUGGACCAGUACAGGCAGGUGCCCUCAGCCGAAGGGAUGUCCCUGGCCAGCAGGUUCGGGUGCCUCUUCCACGAGGUGUCGGCGUGCCAGGACUUCACGGGGGUGCAGCACGUCUUCCACGAGGCCGUGCGGGCAGUACGGCGCCAGGCGGAGUGGAACCCGCCCGCCCGGCCGCUCCUCAUCACCGAGGACCGGCCCUGCCCGCCGGUGGCCGCGGCCCUGGCCCUGCCCACCCACCACGGCUUGGCCACCUGCACCUUCAACACCCUCUCCACCGUCAACUACAAGGAGAUCCCCUCGGUGGCCCAGGCCAAGCUGGUCACCGUCAAGUCCUCGCGGGCUCAGAGCAAGAGGAAGGCUCCCACGCUCACCUUGUUGAAAGGCUUCAAGAUAUUUUAGGACACGUCCCUGUGGGCUGUGGAGAGGGAGGUGAGAGACCCUCACCCAUCCCCCUGGCUGUGCAAGGGCUGAGACCUUCUGUGAUGGACUCGCAGGCAUCUCAGCAGCUGCUGGCAGGUGGUGGCCCUGGUCUCUGUGCCAGUGCAGAGCCAGCGGUGGCAACUUGGCAAGCAGGAGGGUGCCAAGAGUCCAACAUGUUGCAUCGCUCUGCCUGCCCCUGCCCAGCACUGCUGUGGUGUUUGUACCCUGUCCUGCCACUGGCACUGGGGCCAGCUCGGUUUUCCAUGAAGAUCCAGCAACUCCUGGAGGAGCCGGAGCCAUGGGCACCACUGGGAGGGCAAGGGCCGUCCCCAGGGCCCCCAGCCAGCUUGGGCACCUGGCACACAGCGACAGGAGCCCAGGAGGGGACAAUUAAUCAUUAAUCCAGCAUGGAGGAACCCAUCUCGUUCAUCCCACGGGUCCCUGACUGAGCAAUAAGUAGGAGGAAUUUUUAUUUUAUUUUAAAUCCAAAUAAAAAAGGUGCAGAUACUGUUUCAGCUGACUGAAGGCCUCAGGUGGCCCGAAACUGAUUCCCACACAGCGACCUAUGUCACACCAAAACUGCUGCUUUUUUAAUCAACUUUUUACACUGUAGUGUCCCUUUCCAAAGGCUUUGCAAGGAGACGCUUCACUGACGAGGACAUGGUCUGAAAAGCCUUUGUUUAAAAGACUGAUUUAUCUCCAAAAAUGUCCUAAAUUAUUUCAUGGCUUCUACGUGUGCCCAGUGAAGGGCAUGAAAGUAAUCCUGGAGCACACCAGGGUCUGCCUGUGCCCGAGCCAGGGCCAAAGGCUGGGUGUUUGGUUUCAGGUGCUCUAUCAGGUUAAAUGUUUUGCUUCUCCCUGGAGUUUCAGUUACUCUGCAGAGUAAAAUAUCCAUGUGUAUAUUUGUACAUAUAUCCAUAUAUAUAUAUAUAUAUAUGACCUUACUGAUAGAGAGAGAUUCAAUAUGGGAUUUUGAUCCACCACUUUGGAAAGUAUUUUAAUAAAGCUGAUUUCUGAAAAGAA